AUGGAGAACGGGCUGUACUGGAAGCUGAAGAGCGAGUGUCUGCCGCUCGACGUGAGCAAACAUCUAGAGGAGAACGACCUGGAAGGGCUGCUGAACUACGAGGGGCUGAUCCAGGAGAUAAAGGCGGACAACUACGAGGUGGUGAACUUCCUAUCGAAGGAAGAAAAUCUCAAAAAAAUAAUAAAGUACAUCACAGAGGAGUCGGAAGACAAAAGUAACUACGACAAGUCAUACAAGUUUCCAUACAAAUGUCACCAAAUAAUAAAUGCAGAGAAUAAGCUGAUUACAGAUUCGCUUGUCUACAAUGACAAGCUAAUGAAGCUCUUCUGGAGUUUUGUCUUGAAGAAAAAUCAACUAAAUGAAGUGUUAUCAGGUUAUUUUAGCAGAUGUGCCAUAACAAUUUAUAACAAAAAUACGACAGAGGUGGUAAAUUAUCUGAAGAGGAGAAAGGAACUCUAUUUAAAAGGUUUCCUUUAUCAUUUUUACUCAAGAAAUAUAACUGAGUUGUUUAAGGUUUUACUGUUUGUUAAAAUGCCUUACCUCUGUAUAUUCGACAAUAAGGACAUUAUUUAUUUCAUUUUGAGCAAUCUGAAUGGCAACUUCUCAAACGAGAUGUUUAUCAUUUGUGAUCGGGAGGAUAACAUCACUUGUCUGAUUAGGGAUAUCUUUGUUAGAAAAUCAGAGAUUUAUUAUUUUAAUUAUUUUUUGAUUGAUUUAUCUUCUCAGUUGUCUUUUUCUUACCUAAUAAAGUGCGUCUUUUCUGAUUGCCCCUACACCAUUUCUGCUGCCAUCACGAUCAUAUCGGAUCUGCUACACUACACGGUGCUGGGAAAAUCUUACAACACCAUCGAUUUUUAUGAAUGCCUCGAUUUGUACACUAAAGAGCAGGAGCAGAAGAAUAAGCAGCUCAAACAGAUGGAGGAAUGUAAAUACGCUAGGAAGAAGAAAAAAAAAAGGAAAUCAAAUAAGGUCAUUGAUGAAGAGGACGUUUAUAAUUCUUCCAAGACUCAUGCCACUCGCGUUAACCAGGUGCGCGAGUCGGAUGAGAUACUCAUGAGUAGUUCUUGCAAUGUCUACGAACAGUAUGGGGUUAGUGGACCCCCUGUUGCUAUUCCUGCUGGCUUUGCGCCCCCGCUAAAGAGUUAUUCACACGAGCAGACGCCUCCCGAUGCAGAUAACAUCGGGGAGGAGGAAAAGAGAGAAAUUGAGAAGAGUGAGCUCGAGAAGGAGAAGGAAGGUAAGCUGGCGGGUAGGGGGCCAGGAAAGGUGGUCCCAAAUGUUAGCACAAACUCGGGGGCAGAAUUAGGUGCAAACGUUUACGCGGUUGGGCAGCCAAAUCAUGUGAACAAAAAGAUCAAGGAGGAAAUGCAGACAAUUGGCCUAACCCCUCAGGGUGACACCGGCCAAGAGGAGAAGCAUAACACGCUGCAUGGUGAAGCCGACGAGCUAAGCAACGGGGAGUUCCAACCAGAGGGAGACUCUUCAUUCACUAUACCGUUUGAAUUACACUCAGAGAGGCAGCACCCACUUGGCGAGGAUCCCACUGGAGGGGAUCCCUUUGGAGGGGGAAUUUUCCAGAGUGGGGGCCUCCAAACGGGAGAGGAAAAUAGGAUGAUGGGUGACGGAGUGGCUAUCUCCAAUCGCAGCGGUAGAAGCCUUCCGUGGGACCCAUUACGAGUGAGCGGAAAUGACCAAGGGGACGCUCAAAACGGGCAAAGCGAUGAAGUUCAUCAAAGCGGUGAAAAUCAUCAGAGCGGUGCAGAUCAGCAACGUGGUGAAGAUGGACAAACCGCCGAAUCCCUACUCGCGCAGCAGCACGCAGUUUCGUAUUACUACUCAUGUGGGGGCGCCAGCCAGGAGGGAGACCCCGACUUUCUAAUGGGAGCAAACCAGAGGAGCGAUGGCGCGCAAUUGUCCAAUAUGCCCACGUAUAGAAGUGACACCCACAGCGCGGAUAACAGGAAUAAUGGAGUAGUAAAAUACGCGAAAGAGGCAAAGAACGAGCGGAACAGUGACAACGAUAAUUGCUUCUCCUACGGGUCGGAUGCAUCCUCAUCUGAUUCCUCGGAUGACGAAAAUUAUGACCAUCUGAGAAGGAUAAAAUUUGAAGAUGUGCUAAAUAGAAUGAAGCGAAUCGCUAGCAACCGGGUCCACGUGAAGGAGGACGGAGAUGGAGCUAUUUUCACCAGUGGAAUAAACCCAUUCAGUCGAACCCAAAGUAAUGAAAAAAAAAAAAUGAAAGAAGACAUCUUUGGAAUCGAUUCGAACAACGGUACAGAUGAAAACCCUAACGAAAGUGGCAGCGAAGAACAAAGCUUUCAAAUCUUCGAGAGCGAAAAGGAAGGAGAUAUAAAUAUCCCCCUGAACAAAUGGGUACAGUACCUUGAAAAUGGAACCUUCAUAGACAUAUGCUUCUUCUCCUAUAUAAAAGACAUUAUGAGAUUAUACAUAAAAAAUAUCAAUAAAAAUAAAGGCAGAAACAUGUUGGGAUUUACCACCCUCGAGAUUAUCCAAUUGAUAAAGACACUUAUAAAAACCAAGUCUAAAAAUAUCCUCACAGAAAUCAUCGAUGAGGGCUUUUUUGACAUCUCCAUUGAUAUCUUCUUCAAAUACAAGUGGAAUAAUCUUCUACACAUUUCUGUGUGUGAUUUAAUGCAGACCAUCAUCUUUAAGGAAAAUGAAUACUCCUACCUUCUCUACUAUAUCUUAGCAUUGACUACCUUUCUGCCGAAAUGUCUCCGCUACUUCGAUGCGGUCAGACGGUGUCGAAACAUUAAAAAUAAGAAAAGGAGAAAAAAAAUUGAGAGCUUAAUAGAUUGUGGGUAUAAGGCACAUUUACUUCAUAUAUGUCAAAUUUUGAGCAACAAGUCCUUGGAAAUAAAGUGGCUCUCGAAUUUCCUUGUCACCGUUUCGGGAUGGAAUGACAUCAUCAUAGAGGAACUAAAUCACUACUCCUUAUACUUUAACGAUGUUAAUUAUGGCGAUGAGAAACGGGCAGAGGACGCUGACCAUGGCGAGAUAAUCUCAAAUGGUCUGUGCAACCCGCCGGACAACUCCAUGACACACCACCAUCUGAGCAACGUCGGGGGGACUGGGGGGGCCAAUCGGGAAAAGCUCAUCGGAGGUGACGGCAGUGGGAACUCCAACCGGGGCAUGAAUCGAAGUUACCACUACGAUGAGGAGGAAGAAGAGGACGACGAGGACGAGGAGAACCAGCAUGGAAGCUGUAACCGCGGCAAUGAAGGGAACCGUAGCAACCACGCCAAUAGUCGCAGUAGCAAUGGUACAACGAUGCAGAGUGACCAACGCGAACCCAGAUCGAUCAACCGCGACGGAAACGAGAACUGCUUUAAUAACUACUCCAAUGUCAUCGAUAUCCUUUUCGAUGAGCAUAAAAAUGAUUACAUAAAAUACGAGGACGAGUACCACCAGCGUAGCUCCAACUAUGAUUUGUCUUCCAAUUGCAACUAUGGAAAUCACGACUCACAUGCAGGUGAUAUGAACAGGCUGAAUGACAGCUACGGCAAGCAGGGUGAGUAUGGCCUGGGGAGCUACAAGGGCGAUUACGAACAGCAGGAGGGGCAUCCCGAAGGCGAUCCCUUCGCCAACCCCGCCAACAGCUACCUGUUCGACCGAGGGGAUGGCAACCCAAACCGCGGCGACGACCGGGGCGAUGACCGCAGCGACGAUCGCCCAGACUUGAAGAAUGGCUAG